AUGGCGUCCCCUCCUCGUCUUUUCUUCAAGGGGCUCCUGCUCACAGGUUUUCUGCUAGCCUGCUGGAGCUCAAACACCUCCGUGGCCCACCUAUCUAUUGAGACUCUGCCUCCCUCUCUUCCUGAAGGGGGAAAUGUUCUUCUACGAGUUGAUAAUCAGUCAGAGAAGCCCCAGGCCUUUUUCUGGUACAAGGGGAAACGUGCUUUUGAAGAAUUUAAAAUUGCACAUUAUGAAACAGCCUCUCAGUCACUUAAGUGGGGGCGAAAAUACAGUGGCAGGGAGAGGAUUUACACCAAUGGAUCCCUGCUGCUCCAGAACGUCACCCAGGAAGACACAGGGAUCUACACCCUAGAAAGCUUUGAUACCUACUAUCAGUGUGAAAUAGCACAUGCCUACCUCCAAGUGUUCAAGAUUUUGACACAGCCCUACCUCCAGGUCAAGAGCAUUAUAGUGGAAAGACGGAAGUCUGCAACCUUCGAGUGUGUGUCACCUGACACUGGAGUUGACGUCACUUGGACCUUCAAUAACAAGCCCCUGGAUUUCAACAAAAGGAUGGUCCUAUCACCUGAAAAGCACAGACUCAGCAUCGCUCCCCUCAGGCUGAAGGAUGCAGGGGAGUAUCAGUGUGAGGUCUCCAACUCCUUCAGUUCCAAGAAGAGUAACCCCAUCUCCUUGUUCUUGAUCCGUGUGUGA